UCUUUCCUCAAUUACACCAUCUGACCAUAUGUUCCCUCCCCAACUUGUUUGCUUCUAAACCCAUCAAAUCUGCGCCUCUUUGUCUCUCUCACUACCUUUUCACUCUCAAUAACCAAAUCCCAUUCUACAUUACAUACACACCAAACCAAACUCACUCAAAACCCAAACUAAACUACACUGCAUGAUUCACAUCCACAUGGAAUCUCUCAAGUUAGGAGUUGGUAAUGGAAAAGUUAACAUCGUUGCUGAAGAUGACUCCAUUGAUGGAAUGCAAUGCAUUGAUCAUCCUUACAGAAACAACCCUGGUGGGAUCUGUGCUUUCUGUCUUCAAGAGAAGCUUGGUAAACUUGUUUCUUCGUCUUUUCCUCUUCCUAUUCACGCCUCUUCGUCUUCCUCUUCUUCUCCUUCUUUCAGAUCCAAUGUUGCUCCUUCUUCUUCUUCCACUUCCACUACUCGUCAUUGUGCUUCUUCUUCCUCCUCCGUUAUUCACACCAUUUCUACAACAGCAGCAACUGCUGUCGCUGUAGCUUCGUCUUCUUCUCUAUCUCUCACUGUUUGUCCAACAAAAAAUGAGAGUACUAGUAAACAGUUUCAACAUGAAUACUAUAGAAAAACUCGUAUCCCUUUUCUUUUAGCCAAGAAAAAGAAGAAGAAAAACACUGUUGUUUCUGCUUCUGGUUCUGGUUCGGGUUCAGGAUCUGUUACAUCUAAUAAUAUUAUUCUGAAACGUAGCAAAUCAACUGCUACGCCAAGAAGAGGUAGUAGCAACUCUUUGGUUGAUGCAGAUGAUGAAUAUUUUAGUCCUAGAAAAAGAAAUGGGUUUUGGUCAUUUCUAUAUCUUUCUUCAAAAUCUUCAAAGAAUCUGAGUUCAAAGAGUUUUAAAGAUGGAAACAACAAUGCUACUGCCACUACCACUGCAGCAAAACUCAAGGAAAAAUGUUGUUCAGGUUCUUCUUUAGGAAGAAAGAACGACAUUGUUAUUGUUGAAGAAGAAGAAAACAGUCCUAACAGAAACAACACAGGUUCUUCUAUUGAGCGGAAAGUUUCAAGAUCUAGAUCUGUUGGCUGUGGAAGCAGAAGCUUCUCUGGUGAUUUCUUCGAGAGAAUCUCGACUGGGUUUGGAGACUGUACUCUCAGAAGAGUUGAAUCACAACGUGAAGGUAAAUCAAAGGUGGUUUCUGGUUCAACUGGUAUCACUUCUGUGAACCCUAAUGAAAACCACCAUCACCACCAUUGCAUGAAAGAGAGAGUACUUCGACGUUGUGGAGGUAUAUUCAGUGGAUUCAUGAUGACUUCAUCUUCUUCUUCCAACUCAUCUAACUCAUCUUAUUGGGUUUCUUCAAAUUCUGCUGAUGAUACUGUGAAUAGUACUGUGAAUGGUGGUGGAAAACAAGGUUCUGUGUCGAUUUCUCAGAAUAAUAACCGCGGUGGAAAGAGUUGGAGUUGGGCUUUUGCUAGUCCAAUGAGAGCUUUUGGUAGCAAAAGUUCUUCUAAAGAGAGUCAUCAUAGUAAAAGAGAUAUCAUUAGAGAUGCUAAUGAUAAGAUUAAUGCUACUCCAAAUUUAUCUGCUAUGCCAUCUUUACUUGCUGCUAGGUGAUGAUCACAGAAGAAAAUAAAGAUACAGAAGGUAAGUGAGAAGAAGGUAAAUGCGAAGACAUGAAUGGCAUAAUGGUACUUUUUACUUUGAGAUGAGGGAAGGAAAGGGAUGAAGAAAAUCUCGAUGCAUUCUGAGUAAUCACGUGGCUUGUCUUAAUUACUAUGACAUUGGUUAUAGUAUUUUUUUUGUAGCUACCUUAUUGUAAUGCGAAAGAGAUGUAAUAUUGGAGUUUUUAAUGUUCACUAUUCACAUGCAUACACAUGUAUGAGUGGUGUAAGAGACAGAAUGAGGAGAGUAGUACCUAUAUAGAAGAAUCACUUUUGGUUAUUUAAUUAUGUGUUUGUAUGUAUGUAUGAAUAUGAUUGAGUUUAUAUGCAAUUUAAUAAGAUGUUGUUGGUUAGUUUA